AUGACUUUCCUCACCAUCCUCAUUUUUUCAACCAUCCUCUGUAUCUUAACGCAAAUCCUGUACAACUUCUACCUCCACCCAUUAUCCCGCUACCCUGGCCCACUCCUCUGGCGCGCCUUCCGCUUUCCCUUCAUCUCAACCAACAUCCGGGGUCAACUGCCCCAUCGCAUCCGCGCCCUCCACGAGAAAUACGGCGACGUCGUCCGCGUCGCCCCGGACGAAUUGUCCUUCAUCGACCCCACCGCCUGGCGCGACAUCUACGCCCCCUUCUGCACCGACUCAUCCUCGUCCCACUCCACCCCAGCAGGCCGCGAAUUCGUCCGCCCGCACCAAUACAAAGACCAACCUCCCGGCAAAACCGCCACGAAUCUUAUCGCCUGCUCUGAGACCGAGCAUACGCGACUGCGCAAAAUCCUCGCCCCGGGGUUCUCCGAGCAGUCAGUCAUGCAGCAGGAACCCAUCGUACAGAAAUACAUCGAUACGCUGUUCACCAAGCUUGACGCACAGAUCGUUGAUAGCAGCAACGCAUGCGCGGACGUCGAUAUGGUCCAAUGGAUCAACUACCUCGCCUUUGACGUGAUAGGCGAUCUCACCUGGGGGUCCUCGUUUGGGUGUCUCGAUGGCCUACGGUAUCAUCCGUGGGUGCAGACGGUGAGCCAGUUCAAGGCUGCCAUUGUCGUGGGGUCGUUGAAGUUCUAUCCGUUGCUAUAUCGAGGCUUGAUGGCAAUCACGCCUGCUGAGGCGCUGAAGCCUGUGAUGGAGAUGUGGAGGGUUACUGAGGAGAAGAUGGCGGAGCGGGUUGCUAACCAUUCAUCUGCAAAGAGAACAGAUCUAGUAGGUACAAUGAUAGCUUCGCAGGCGAUGACGCAGGAGGAGAUGGAGGUCAACGCGAUGCUGCUCGUUGCCGCGGGGAGUGAGUCGAUCACCACUGUUAUCACGCGGGUGGUGAAUCACCUCCUGCGAGAGCCUGAUGUGCUUGGUACAUUGGUGGAUGGGCUUAGGCGGACGUUUGAGAAAGAAAGCGACAUCACUGCUACACGGCUGAAGUCGGUCCCGUAUCUGGAUGCAGUGCUGAAUGAAGGAAUGCGGCUGUGUCCGACGAUCCCGGAUGCGAUGCGGAGGCAGGUGCCCCGUGGGGGAGCAACUGUGGCGGGCCAUUUCGUGCCGGAGGGGAUGAUUGUCUCUAUCCCCCCGUUUGCGAGCUAUUGUUCCUCGCGCAACUACACCAGCCCGGAGGCAUUUGCCCCCGGGAGGUGGUUGGGCGAGGAGCGGUUCCGCGGGGACAGCCGGAUCGCGUUCCAUCCGUUCUCGCUGGGGAAGCAUAAUUGCCCUGGCCAGAGUUUGGCCUGGUUGGAGCUCAGGUUGGUGCUUGCACGACUGUUGUGGAGAUAUGAUCUUUCCGUGCCACCGGGGGUGGAGCUACCGCGGUGGAAGGAGCAGGCAAUUUGGUGGUUCUGGGACAAGAAGCCGACAGUGGUGAGGGUAGGGGCGGUUCGAUAGAAUGCGCUUUGCCUGUCCUAGAUCAGACCAGCCAUUUCUAAUGAUCAGAAGUAUGGGACAUGCAAUGGCAUGUAAGCUUAGAGCUGUGAAUUGACAAACACAUUACACAUGACAGAGCAG